AUGAGCGCCCAGGAAGGCGGCAGACGGGCCAAGGUCCUCAGCUGCUCCAGCUGUCGCAACCGCAAAAUCAAGUGCGACAAGGCUCAGCCAAUCUGCACGCAAUGCACCCGCUUCGGCUUCGAGUGUGCAUAUCCGUCCAGGAAACCAACCCGCCGCGCACCGCGACCGCGUCAAACCGAACUUCUAGAUCGCAUUAGCCGCCUCGAGACCAUCGUAGGCAAGGCCGACCCCGCCAGGCUGGUGCAGCUGGACCAAGAGCUCAAGGCUGGUCGUGGAGGAGAGAUUGCGACACCCGCAAGGGAGGGCACGCAGGGUCCGGCAGUGAAGGAUGCUGUCGCCCAGGGCGUGGACAAGUAUCUCAGCGGGGAGUUUUGGGGGCAUCUGUGUUCUGAGAUUGAGGGCAUCAGGCAAGUGCUUGAUCAACCGUCUGAUGACGAUGACGAUGACGACGAGGGCACCAGCCCGGAGUCCAUUGAGGCUGCAAGCUUGACAAUACCCACGGGCGUCUCAGGCUUCCUUCUCGGAAAUCCAGAAUAUCACGAAAAAGAGGCAUUACAUCAUCCUCCACCAGAGGUGAUGGUCCGUCUCUGGGCCAUCUACAUCCGCAAUGUUGAUCCUCUGAUGAAGAUCCUUCAUCGCCCGACCAUGGCAAGAACAUUACAAACAUAUUUCGAAAGCCCCUCACCAGCUCCCUUCGAUGCGCCCAUCAACGCCGUCAUCUUCGCCAUCUACUUCUGUGCAGUUACCUGCCUAAGUCCCGAGGACUGUCUAGAAAAGCUAGGCGAGAGUCGAGAUGUUCUAAGCACGAGAUAUCGCAUCAAUGUAGAGCGGGCUCUCGCCCAAGCCGAUUAUCUCAACAGCAAUGAACUGGAAACACUCCAAGCUCUAGCCCUCUACACGGCGAUGAUCCGUUGCUACGCACACGACCGCUCCGCUUGGGUCGUCACCGCCCUCCUCAUCCGUAUUGCCCAAGGUCAAGGCAUCCAUCGCGACGGUGAAGGCCGGCGUUUCACCCCGUACGUGGCUGAGAUGCGCCGCCGCCUAUGGCAUUUCAUCAUCGUCCUCGACGUUCGGGGUUCUGAAGACCGUGGCUCUGAUGCCAUCAUGUCCCGGUUCAGCUUCAACACCAUCAUGCCCACUAACAUUGACGAUGACGAUUUCGGCCCCAAUACUACAGGUCCCCUCGUUCCCAAAUCAACGCCCGCUGACAACGUUGUCCUCAUGUGUACGGCUUUAUCUUCCAGCAUAUUCGGCAUCAUGACCCACCCACAUCAGAGCGCGCCAGGGGAGCCUCAGCACUUCGUCUAUACCGAGGACGAUUUAAUCGCCCACAUCCGACACCUCGAGGACAGUUUCAUCCACACGGUCGUGCCAUCACACCUUCCAUCGGUGUACGCUUCAGAGAUUGCUCGGGUUGUCAUCCUCAAGCUGUGGCUCAAUAUCCAGUAUCCCUUCACCAGCAGCAUGGUCCCCAUCCGCCGGGUCUCCCGCGAAACUAUGUUGCGCACAUCGCUGUCCCUCAUGGAGCUUCGCCAGCGCAUGACGCAGAAGGAUUGGGGAGACCGAUAUGCGUGGUGGACCGACACCUACGUUCAAUGGCACCCCCUCGCCGUUUGCCUGGCUGAGCUCUGUGUCCAGACAGAGGGCGAGUUGGUGGAUAGGGCCUGGGAGGUUGUGGAUCGGAAUAUCCUUGCAUCAAGAGACAAUAUCGCCGAUUCUGCGAGUGGGUCACUCUGGCGACCCAUCAAGAAGCUCCUUAAGAAGGCAAGGGCAGCGAGGGCAGAGGCACUCAUGAAGAGGUUGAGCAUCAAUGAGACUUCGCUAUCAACAAAUCUCUCAGCAACAUCAACAGAGCCUGUUCCGGAAUCGUUGCUGGAUCCUGUCCAGGCAACGGGGUUCGAAGGCUCCACAGAUAUCUCGACGCAGCCCUACGACAUGAAUACGAUGGAUCAAUCAACGUUGUUCGAAUUCCCGCCAGAGUUACUAAUGAUGGAUUUGGGGACGAAUGUAGGGACAGAUGUGGGACAAACUGGGCCGAUGGAGUGGUCAUUGUGGACCGAAUUCUUAAACGACACAAAGCUGGAUCAAUCUCCAGAAGGAAGCGGUGCAGCAGAUUCAACUUGA